CCCCUCCUCCAUCCUCCAGUUCAAAAUGGCGACGGCGGCGGCGGCGGCGGUGGCGGCGGCGGCAGCGGCGAUGGCUCCUCCGGGCUGCCCGGGUUCGUGCCCCAACUUCGCCGUAGUCUGCUCUUUCUUGGAACGCUACGGGCCGCUGCUGGAUCUGCCCGAGUUGCCGUUCCCAGAGCUGGAGCGGGUGCUGCAGGCGCCGCCGCCGGACAUCGGCAACGGAGAAGUACCAAAAGAAUUGGUGGAGCUCCAUCUGAAGCUGAUGAGGAAGAUUGGCAAAUCUGUUACAGCAGACCGAUGGGAAAAAUACUUGAUCAAGAUAUGCCAAGAGUUUAACAGUACCUGGGCAUGGGAGAUGGAGAAGAAAGGCUAUCUUGAAAUGAGUGUAGAGUGCAAACUAGCACUCUUAAAGUAUCUCUGUGAGUGUCAGUUUGAUGACAAUCUUAAAUUCAAGAAUAUAAUUAAUGAGGAGGAUGCUGAUACUAUGCGUCUCCAACCAAUUGGGCGAGACAAAGAUGGCCUCAUGUACUGGUACCAGUUGGAUCAAGACCACAAUGUCAGAAUGUACAUAGAAGAACAAGAUGAUCAGGAUGGAUCUUCUUGGAAAUGCAUUGUCAGAAAUCGAAACGAGUUGGCUGAGACUCUUGCCCUCCUGAAAGCACAGAUUGACCCUGUACUAUUGAAAAACUCUAGCCAACAGGAAGACUCCACCCGGGAGAGCCCCACUCUAGAGGAUGAGCAGACUAAGAAAGAGGAAGACACACCUAAACAAGAGGAAUCGAAGGAAAAUGAAAAGACAAAAGGUGAUGAGCAGCCAGUCGAUCCCAUGAAACGUUCUGUGGCCAAUAUUCUGGAAGAGACAGCUGUGAAAACUGAAAAAGAAGAUGAAAAGGAGCUCAUGAAACUGCCUGUCAUUGUAAAGCUCGAAAAACCUUUGCCAGAAAGUGAGGAAAAGAAAAUUAUCAGAGAGGAAAGUGACUCCUUCAAGGAAAACGUCAAACCCGUUAAAGUAGAAGCCAAGGAGUGCAGAAUGGACUCCAAAGAUCUCAAAGGCAGCUCAGAGAGGCUGGGUGCACAGGAGUCUGAGCGAGUAGAAUUUGGUGGCAACAUCACAGAGAAGUCUUCUGAGGAAACAGAGAAGCUUAAAAAUGACCAGCAAGCCAAGAUACCACUAAAAAAACGUGAAAUUAAGCUGAGUGAUGAUUUUGACAGACCUUUGUGUAAGUCAGCUACUCCAACAAAAGAGUUUUUGAAAGAUGAAAUAAAACAAGAAGAAGAGACAUGUAAACGGGUCUCCACCAUCAGCACUUUGAGUCAUGAAGGGAAACAGCUAGUGAAUGGAGAAAUUAGCGAUGACAAGGCACCUCCACAUUUUAAGGUGGAGCCAAUGGAAACACAGCUUUGUGAUGCAAAGGACAAUGGCUCUCCCACCCCCUGUAAGGAUGGAAAUACAGUCACAGAGGGAAAUGGCGCAGAGUGCUUAAACUCUGUCAUAGCAGGUACAAAGAUAAAUGAGCCUGAGAGGGAAGUCUCUCUUGAGAAGGAUAUGGACAGCUCUGCAUCUGCCUUGGAGAACCACUGUCAGAAAGGAGCAUUAGAGGAGUCUGGGCUUCCAAAUGUGGAGAUGUCUCUUGAGCCUUCAGAGACAACAGCAGAUCUCUCUUUAAAACCUGCUGUUUCUGCCACUGAACCCUGCACUGCAAAAGUCAAAGAGAAGGCACCCACAAGUAAGGAGGAGAACCAAGAACUAGGCAUAGAAUGCCUGGAAAAGAUGGAGAAUGCAAAAAAGACUGCUGUUGACAAGGAAAGAUUGAGUCCAAUACCUGAAGAAGUUGUAAGGAGUCCUCUAGAAUCAGAAAAGCCAGGUCCUUGUGAAGUGGCUGAAACUUCCCUCCCACCCGAGAUGACUGGCCCCACAGAGAAACUGGCCUCAGAGAAAAAAGGUAUAGAAUGUCUACAUAGAAUUUCAAGUGAAGGUCAGUCUGUUGAAAAUGCAAAUUCAGAAAUUCUAAAAGAGGAUUCUGUGUCCAUGAAGGUGGACAUGGCCAGUGUGGAUAAUGCCCAGGCCUCUGGCAUGGAGGAUCCUUCUGAGACAAAGGGCUCUGUGCAAAAGAACAAAUUCAGAUAUAAGUUAAUUACUGAAGGGGACAGCACUGCUUCAGAAAGCACAGAGAUCACCUCUGAAAGGCAGAAGGAAGGCAUCAAGUUAACAAUUCGAAUAUCUAGUCGGAAGAAGAAGCCAGACUGUCCCCCACAAAUUGUAGACUCUGAAAACAAAGAAGAAGAGAAAGUAAGCGUGGGACGCACUUUAAGAAGGUCUCCAAGAAUAUCUAGACCCACGGCGAAAGUAGCUGAGAUCAGAGACCAAAAAGCUGAUAAAAAAAGAGGAGAAGGAGAAGAUGGCGUGGAAGAAGUGCCUGCAGCCUUGCAAAGAGCAGACAAGAAGGAGCACUUGAAAAAAACAGAGAAGGAUACAAAUUCUAAAGUGAGCAAGGUAAAACCCAAAGGCAAAGCUCGAUGGACCGGUUCUAGGACUCGUGGCAGGUGGAAAUACUCCAGCAAUGAUGAGAGCGAAGGGUCUGAAAGUGGGAAGUCCUCCGCAGCCUCAGAAGAGGAAGGGGGAAAAGAAAGUGAAGAAGCCGUCCUUCCAGACGAUGAUGAGCCAUGCAAAAAAUGUGGCCUUCCAAACCAUCCAGAACUAAUUCUUCUGUGCGAUUCUUGUGACAGUGGGUACCAUACAGCCUGUCUUCGCCCUCCUUUGAUGAUCAUCCCUGAUGGAGAAUGGUUCUGCCCUCCUUGCCAACAUAAACUACUGUGUGAAAAAUUAGAAGAACAGUUACAAGAUCUGGAUGUUGCCUUAAAGAAGAAAGAGCGUGCAGAGCGAAGGAAAGAACGCUUGGUUUAUGUUGGUAUCAGUAUUGAAAACAUCAUUCCUCCACAAGAGCCAGAUUUUUCUGAAGAUCAAGAAGAAAAGAAAAAGGAUACAAAGAAAUCCAAAGCAAAUUUACUUGAAAGGAGAUCAACAAGAACAAGGAAAUGCAUAAGUUACAGAUUUGAUGAGUUUGAUGAAGCAAUUGACGAAGCUAUAGAAGAUGAUAUCAAGGAGGCUGAUGGAGGAGGAGUUGGCCGAGGGAAAGAUAUAUCCACCAUCACAGGUCACCGUGGAAAAGACAUCUCUACUAUUUUGGAUGAAGAACGAAAGGAAAAUAAAAGGCCUCAGAGGGCAGCUGCUGCUCGCAGGAAGAAACGCCGGCGACUUAAUGAUCUUGAUAGUGAUAGCAACUUAGAUGAGGAAGAGAGUGAGGAUGAAUUCAAGAUCAGUGAUGGAUCUCAAGAUGAGUUUGUUGUGUCUGAUGAAAACCCAGAUGAAAGUGAAGAAGAUCCACCAUCUAAUGAGGACAGUGACACGGACUUCUGUAGCCGAAGACUCAGGCGGCAUCCUUCUAGGCCAAUGAGACAAAGCAGGCGUUUGCGGAGAAAGACCCCAAAGAAAAAGUACUCUGAUGAUGAUGAAGAGGAAGAAGAAGAAGAAGAAUCCGAGGAGAAUAGUAGAGACUCAGAAAGCGACUUUAGUGAUGACUUUAGUGAUGAUUUUGUAGAAACCCGUCGACGGCGAUCAAGAAGGAACCAGAAAAGACAAAUUAACUACAAAGAAGAUUCAGAAAGUGAUGGUUCCCAGAAGAGUAUACGACGUGGUAAAGAAAUCAGGCGAGUUCAUAAGCGGAGACUCUCCAGCUCAGAGAGUGAAGAGAGCUAUAUGUCCAAGAACUCUGAAGAUGAUGGGCUAACAAAAGCAUCUAAGCGGUCUGUUCGAAAACGGGGCCGAAGCACAGAUGAGUAUUCAGAAGCAGAUGAGGACGAUGAAGAGGAAGGCAAACCAUCCCGGAAGCGGCUACACCGUAUUGAGACAGAUGAGGAGAGCUGUGACAAUGCUCGUGGAGAUGCAGAGCAGCCUGCCCAUGACAACCAGUCCAGGGUCCUGCCCUCAGAGCAGGAGAGCAGCAAGAAGCCCUAUCGGAUAGAGAGUGAUGAAGAAGAGGACUUUGAAAAUGUGGGCAAAGUAGGCAGCCCGUUGGACUACAGCUUAGUGGACUUGCCUUCCACCAAUGGACAGAGCCCUGGCAAAGCCAUUGAGAACUUGAUGGGCAAGCCAACUGAAAAGUCCCAGACCCCCAAGGACAACAGCACAGCCAGUGCAAGUCUAGCCCCCAAUGGGACAAGUGGUGGACAGGAGGUGGGGGCACCAGAAGAGGAUGAAGAUGAGCUUUUGCGAGUGACUGACCUUGUUGAUUAUGUCUGUAACAGUGAACAGUUAUAAGACUUCUUUCCAUUUUGUGCUAAUUUAUUCCACGGUAGCUCUCACACCAGCGGGCCAGUUAGUAAAAGCUGUUUAAUUUUUCCUAGGAAACUCCACUACAGAACGACUUUUUAGAAGAAAAAUUUCAACAAAUCCCGAAGUCUUUCUGUGAAGUGACCAGUUUUGAACUUUGAAGAUUAAUAAUUGCUGUAAAUUCCUUUUGAUUUUCUUUUUCCAAGUUCAUGGUCCUUGGUAAUUUCAUCCAUGGGGGAAAAAUCUUAUUAUAAUAACAACAAAGAUUUGUAUAUUUUUGACUUUAUAUUUCCUGAGCUCUCCUGACUUUGUGAAAAGGGUGGAUACGAAUGCAUUCCAAAUCUGUGAGGGCCCAAAACAGAAUUUAGGGUGGGAGAAAGCACUUGUGCUUUAGCUUUUCAUAUUAAAUAUAUAUUAUAUUUAACUUUCAUGGCAUAGAUGAUGAUUAACAAACUGUUUAAAAGUUCAAGUCUGUACUGUUGCAGUUUGAGAAUUGUAGAUACAACAUCAUACAUAUGUCACUUAGUAAUAGCCUUCGUGAAAUCAGUUUGUUUACUAUUGGAGUUACCACACUUUAAAUAAAGAAGAGACCAUGGAAGUACCAUCAUAAAAACACUUUUACCUAAGUUUCUGUUAUAGCAGAGUUUCUUAUUUGAACACACACACACACACAUACUCACACACACACACACACACACACACACACACACACACUCAUCUGAAAAGCAUUUGUAUAGUAAAUUGUAUAGUGAAGCUUUGACAGCCAGAUUGUGCUAUCAAGAGGUCUUAGUAUUAUGCUGUGAUAAUAAUAUAUAUGAUGGCCUCUACUACACUGUGUCAGGUGGGGAGUCAGUGAAAUGAAUGUGGGCUUUCCUAAAAUGCAGGUACACUAUAAACUUUGCCAGCAGUGAAACUCUUCUGGCCAUGUGGUGUUAACUGAGAUGUCAUUUUGAAUAUAAUACAUCUAAAUAUAACAUAUGGAGAUGCUAAGCUGACAAUGGUAUUUUAGCACAUUUGAAGACUGAGAAGGGAUUUUUCAGGUGAACUUUAACUGGUCUGUUCUUGCCCUUAGUAUCUACUUCAAAUUGAAGUCUACAAACAAAGCAGUUCCUUUGGGAGGUUUUUAGUUUUGAGUUUAAGAGUGUGUGAGAGUGUGUGUGUGUGUGUGUUGGAAUUUUUUAUCUGCCUGAAUAUAUUAGCAGGGUUUGAAUGUAGUCUGGCCUUUGGCCAUUAUAUACUUGUAUUAAAAUCCAUUCAUAGUCACACAACCAACAGAACUGAGUGAGAACCGCUGAUAUACAUAAUAGGCAUACCUUCCAUUUUAAACAUCUCAACACUCUAUAAGGACUCGCCCUUUGCUUCAAGAAUAGGCGGUUUCUAAUUAAAUAAUGUAACGUAGCUGACACUAACAUAUGAACUUUAUCUUAGUUUCUGUUACAGUUGUGAAGUUUCAGGCACAGCCCUAACCCUGUAGAGCUGUAGCAUUUGUGGUUUCCUGCCUGGCACAUCCUGAAGCCUUUAGCAUUGCCUCAGUGUGUGCUUUUUGCCCUGGGAUUCGGGUUUUCUGUCCCAGUGUUGUCUAUUGCCGGCAAUAGACACACCGUUUCUGCUGCUGGCCCAAGGAACUUCAUUUUCCUUUACAGAUUAAGCAUUAUAUGUGGUAGUCAGUGUACAGUAAGUCACUUCUUUUUUAUUAUUAAAAGCUGGUGUUAGACUUGCAUCAUAAAGACCUCUCUGGAAACUUUAUGCUCCUACUUUCUGUUCCUCAACAGAUAUUGCCCCUAAAUCUUAUCCUCUGCCCUUUCAAGUGUAGUGCUGAAUUUUUUCAGUUACUGGAUUUCUGUUUUAUUUCAGUUCUGUAGAACUUGACCAAUAUCUUUUUCUUUGAUUCUAGUGAUGAACUUAUAUUUGUGUAACGAUGAAACAGAGGAAGCAACCUAAGAAAAAACAAUGAUGCAGCAUUUGCUGCCACAGAACCAGUUGUGGUUUUAUCUUGAAACAGUGUUGUGCUAGAAGGACAGGGCUGGCUUAUAGUCAUACAAAGUAAAGGACUAAAACAGAGCCACGUUCACUUGUAAAACUACCUUUCUAGCUAUUUUAUUUGAAAAUGAGCUAAGUAAACUUUUUAACAGUCCAGAACAGACAGGCAGAAGGAUUCCUGCUAGUGUAUGGUAAGUGGUUCCUGCCAUCCAGUCUCAGAAGGGGUCGAUCGUGCAGCCAGGUAAAGCCACUGUGGUGUAGAAACUCUCCCAUGUACCUGUCUCUACCUCUGCACACACCAGCUCUUGCUUCCAUCUGUCAGUUCUUCUCACCAUUUAUACAAAUGAUUAGAAGUAGUAAAUGAGUAGCUAAUACAACAGCAUGCGGAAUGUGAAGUAACUGCUGUUAAUGGAAAACCCACAGUAAUUUUACAGUAAAGACUGAAAUGUUUUACUUAGCAAGUGUCCCACUGAUGGGUUUCAAAACCACUUUGUGCUAUCUGAUCCUUACUAAACUUGAGUGUCAACUCGAUACUGAGUGUCUCCCUUCUAACCUUACAUUCUCAUUAAACCAACUGGCAAUGGAGAGUAACCCAGGCAGCUAAUACAUACUAAUUCUUAGUAUCCAGAGUUCUGCUGCUUGGCUUUGUUGUUUCUAUUCAUGCUGGAGAUUGAAUCCAGGGCCUCAGGCAUGCUAGGUAGAACUCCUGCCCUGUUUAGUGUUUAGAUUCAGUCCCUCGGAGAACCGGAGGAUGGAAAGGGAAAACAAUAAGUCAUAUAGAUGGUCAACUAUCUUCAAUCCAAGGUAGAUUCAGAUUUACAAUAGAUCAACAGAAUAUCUUCUUUUAAUAACUUCAGUGGCCCUCCCACCCACCUUUUGAAAUACAAGUGUUGAACUUGUAUCAAAGGUUCCCAGUAUCAGACUCUCAGUCUACAGUAUAUGCAUUAUGGGAAGAUAAAGUCUAGUAUUCAAUGUGUUUAGUUUGCCAUUUUAGUAAAGUUUAAAAACCAGCCAGAUUUUUACAGUCCAAGAGCUUAGAACAGAAAUAGUUUAGGAAAAGGACUCAGACUGGUUUGUGCCUGGGUGACGAGAUGGUGUUUGUUGUAGAAUGUUACUGGAAAGUGCUGUGUUGUCAACAAUACACAUAAUACAUUGAGCUUAUUUCCUCCUUGACAUCUUUUCCAGUUUGUCAAGGUUGCAGAUUCAGAGGAUAGAAAGGAGUUUCAUUAAGAAUGAAUUCAUGUUUACUGGUAACUUAUUUUUUAAAAAGUGAUCUGCCAAAGAACUGAGAACUUCUGAUACUAAUGAAAUUGUUGUGGGGGAAAAGAUUUUUAAAAGAAUGUUACCUUUCAGUUUCUAGUUGAUAGGACCUAUCCUAUAUAAUAGACAUUUAAGCAAAUAUUGAGAAAAAUGUAGACACUUGUUUAAAUUGAGGGUUAAAGUGCUGGAGAAUGUGUUAGUAACUUUUAAGUGGGAUUGUUGGAGUUCCCUUUGUCAUAGGAAUGCCUGUUUACCCUCAUUUGUAGAGAGAGGUGUUAGGCACUUGCUAAUUGUUCUACCAGAAGACAAAGGCACCUAACAAAUGUUUAUAACACUCAGAUAAUGCUGUGACCCCACUGCCAGCUGCCACAGCAGAGGUCUCUAGUUCAGGAUAGUCUCAGCUUUAGAACAAGUGUUCAAAGACCAAGAGUUUUCUUAAGAAGAAAUGUGUAUAUAUACACACGUUCUGGAUAACUACAAGAAUGCUGAAUUCAUCAUGAACUGACAUAAAACUAUAAGGCAAAUAGUUGUGACAAAAUUAUGAAUAUGAUUCAAUUAUAGACAGUUUAGAGAAAAAAUAGUUUUUCUUGUUGGUUUGACAUUCUCAAAAUAUAUUUCUGGUUCUCCUAAGCAGAGAAUGCCAAAACCAUAUGUAUCCUGUAAUCUACAUGUCCUUGUCUGUUUUGAUAUGAUCCAUUAUUGAACUCAGAAUAAAAUUCAUUCCUGUUUGAUCCAUCAUUCCUAGGAUAACCUUGGAAGUGGCAAGCUAACUACUGGUUUAUUUCCUCACUGUUUGUACCCUGAUUCUGAGAGAAAACUGCUUUCAUCUGUUUUGUUUUGUUCUGGACAGGGUUUCUCUGUGUAGCCCUGGCUGUCCUGGAACUUGCUCUGUAGACCAGGCUGGCCUUGAACUCAGAGAUCCACUUGCCUCUACCUUCUGAGUGCUGGGAUUAAAGGCGUGUGCCACCACUGCCCAGCUUCAUCCAGUUUUUAAACAGAGUUAUUGUGUUAUACUUCCACUUAAUUUUCAAAAUACUUCAAUCUUACUUAAAUGAUUUAACAUUUUUUGAGUGCCAUGGAUUGCUAGGUAACCGGCUGCAUUAACACUGACUAUAAGUCAUUCCCAUGUAAACAGUCAUAAGCCAAAAUAAAAUAGACUUGGUAUAGAACCACUUUAGAUUGUACACUCACGUGUACAAGUGCAGAUCCCUCAGAAGUUGACUAGAACAAAGUUCCCUUAACAUUUCCACUCCCUUUGGUCAUUAUACUCCCUGCCCCUUUCACAUUUCUGCCACUUUGCUCUGGGAGAUGCUGUCCUGGCACACUCACUAGUCUCAGUUCAUGGAGCUGUUGCUUUUAUCUUAAUAAUGUUUCAGAUAUAUCUGUCCUAUACACAAUAUAUGUGAAAGAACAUAACAAAUUACCAGAUGAAUAGAGAUUUACUAAGCUCUAGACAUUCUGAAUGGGAAUAAAAAUUUAAGGAACUGUAUUUGUAAGUUUGUUUUCUUUUUUUCUUUUCUUUUUUUUCCCCAAACUGUUACAAGCUAGAAAAUGUGCAAAGGACUGAAUAAUCUUCCUUGUUCUUUUUGCCACUGGAUGAUAUAAGUUAAGAAUGAGCUUGUUUAACUAUAUAUUUUCUUGGCUUUCAUCAUUUUCAGAAGGAGUCUAACUUAAGUGUUUGGGGUUUGUUUGACCUGUAUUUAUUGCAUCCUGGUCCUAGGUCAGGAGCCUGCAUGUUAUGUUUAUGGAUAGCCAGAACACAGUCAUUGUGGAACUUAAUGGCUCAAGAUCUUCUAAAUCAUUUAACUUAUUUUGUACGUUGCGAAAAAAGAAAAAAAAAGUUUAUUUUGCUUGAGAGUCACAUUUUUUUAUAACUGUACAGCUUUUAAGGGAUGGGAGGUGGGAAAAUGCCCUAAAAUAGGAUGUAGAUUUUUACAGUUGUGUUUAUGCUAGAACAUCUACAGGAACAUUAUGUAAUUAAACCUCAAAUUGUUUAAAA